ACAUUUUAUAAACUUGGAUUUAGUGUGCAAUGCUUAAUUUAUGAUAUACGCAUGUUAUGUUUAACACAAAUAUAAAAUAAAACUAUUUUGUUCUAUAUAUUACAUACGUGAUGGACAUUUCUAUAGAAUUUGUUAAUAGGUAAAGUUUUUAAAGACUACAAAUAACUAGUGUACAUUUCGUAUCAACCCUUCACUUUAUGUUUAUGUGUAGGUAAUGUUUUUGAUUUUCGUUUCGGUUUUAUUUUCUGCCUUUCGCAUCUUCGCUGUCAUUGUGGUUGGUUGUUCUGAUUAGCAUUUUCGCACGCGCCUCUAGUAAAUUCAUAAUUUUUAUAAAAAAAUCUAAUUUGAAAAUAGUGCGAAGAUAUAAAAAGCAUAUUGAAGAUUAAAUGCAAAAAAUCGCUAUCGAAACUUUUUAAAAGUACUUUGCACGAGAAGAUUAGUGUGCUGUUGACAUUGUGUAACCACGAAGUUGACAACAAAGAGUGUUUUUAAUUACGAAUUCGCACCCAUUUAUUGCAGACUAUCUAGAGUUUUUUUUUUAUAAUUUCUGCACACCUCGUAAGAAUAAUUAAAAAUGUAUUCAAUUAUUUUGUUGGAGUAAAUUCAUUGGACCUUAAUCAAAUGAAAUUAAAAUAUUGCAAAAUAGGCCCAUGAUAACAUGCGAUAAAAGUCAAAUUCGCAUGUGAGUGCAAGCAAAAAAAUUAGCAGUAUAAUAUUCGGAGUAAAUGUUUUAAAAUUAAAUCGAGUGAAAAGUGAAUAAAGACGCCAGAACACAAGCAAAUAAAUAAUCAAAAUAUAAUAAAUACAAAAAAAAAAUCAAAAGUAUAAAAAAUAGAGUAAACGAAAGACAGAAAGAGAAAGUGAAAAAACAUACUUAAAGAGUGCAGCAACAAAAAUACUAAACAAAACGCUAAACGGGAGCAACUGACUACGAAAUUGUUUAAAUAAAUUAUUUUUCAUUACACUGAUAUAAUUUUAAUUUCUCAAUUUGAGUACUUUAUAAAACAAACAUACGGAUUAAUUCGGAAGUUACAUUUACCAAAAAACUUUAUAAAACCUGUUGGGGGGAAUAUGAGUUAUAAUAAAAAUAUUGAAAAUGAGAAACAAAAUCCAGUCAUUAUUGAAGAAACAAAAAUAUCAACUGCUGCAGUGACAACAUUGGCUGAUUCAAUAAACAUCAGCAAAACAGUUGAAAAUGAGAAGUGCAUUGAUAGUGAAAAGCAUAGUAGUGAAGAUUUUCAGUUACCAAUACGGCACACAACAUAUGAGAUCACAAAGAAUUUAGUGCCAGUAAUUGGUAAAUCUAUGUUUGCAAUUAGUGAUGAAAGCGAAUUAGCAAGCAUAGCAACUGUUAGAGGAAAUGACGAUGGAAGUGCGAUCACUAACGUCAUUAAAGAAGAUGAUCAUGCUGCCAUACCGCCUGUCGUUUCUUCUAAAAACCAACCGAGCGAUCAUUUGUGUAUUAAGAAUUUAACCACAAAGAGCAAUGAGAUCAGGCCAACGGAUGCUGUAAAAGCAGAUGUUGUGGGGGAUGGUACACAAAUGUUACAUUUUGCCAAAGAACCAUGCGCUGAAACUACAACAACAAAUAAAGUGACCGUACUAGAAAUAACAACAUCUAAACCACCAAUACCGCCUACACCGCCCUCUUCACCGUCAUCGCCCACCUUAGCAAUGUCAAUGCAAAGCGGCGCAACACAUCUUACGCACACCUCAAGCGAUACCACAUUAAGCGUACAGUCACAAAUGUGCCCCAAUCAGCAGCAGCAGAAAAUGAGAAGCUAUCAUGAUACUAAGCAAACAACGAUGUGGUCUAAAGAUUCAGUGCUAGGGUCAAGCGGUAGUAUAAGCAUUGACAAAUCAGCUAUUAACGUAAAAACAACAGUGUUAUCAAGACACACGGGUGCUAUUACAAAAACUGGUGCUUGCAGUGUUACAGUUUCACCGUGCUCAUUACGCAAAGGAUCUGAUCCGAUUAGCGCAUUGCCCCGUCGAGUGUCAUUUCCAAAAAGUGAUAAUGAACUGGUUACAGGCUACCUGGAGCCAGCAAACCCAUGGGGACAGGCAUGUUUGGUUAAGAGCAUUUCCGAAAUUGCCGAACUCUAUGUGAUGUCAUGCCGCAAACAUAAAACAAAACCCUUACAGACUGUAUUGGAUCACUUGAAAGGUGUUGAAUUAAAUAAACAACAACGUCAGCCAGUGCUAUCGUUAAAAACAAUUAAAUUGGCGGCCAGCGAUUGUGAAGCAUUGGAGGAAAUUUUUAAACGGGUACAGUACAAAUUUAUAGAUCUCUCAUCAUGUGAUCUGGACGAAUGGGCGACAAGUGCACUCUUCGAAAUGAUCGAGUAUUAUGAGGCCACCCAUGAAUUGGACAUCUCAUCCAAUUCCAAAGGUAUGACCAUGCGCGGUUGGGCUGGUUGCAUGGCUAUGGUGAAGCAUAGCGAAGAAUUGCGUGUUCUAAUCGCACAAGGCAAUCCAAUUUCGAAGCAAAGCGCCGAUGGUUUGGGACUGGCGAUAAGUGCAUCUAAUUUGCAUACCUUAAAAUUGGAACAUUGUGGUUUAAGGGGUGCGCUGGAUGGCUUAUGUUUUAAAUUGCGCUCAAAUUCCAUACUUAAAGAGCUAUGGUUAGCACAUAAUGAUUUAGAUUGUAAAGAUGCUGAAGCUAUUGGCUCUUUGCUGAAAUACAAUCACUACAUUGAACUGAUUGAUAUAAGCAACAACAAUAUUAGAGAUAUGGGUCUGCUUUACAUCGUCGACGCAUUAAUACUGCAAUCCAGUGAAUUGGAACGGCGUUCGAUGUUGCAUCGUUCGGCGGCAAUAGAUGACGACGACAGUUUGUCAUCAAUUGAUGCAUCACAAACAACUGAUUUAGACUCUAGCGAUUCGUUCAAUGCCAGUAGUAAGAGCAGCGUUGACGAAAACGCGGAAAAUAGUGAAAGUGAAGAUAAAGUUCCAGAUAGCAAGCAGAAAGUAAGCAAUGUUGAUAACUCCACGGACGUUUUUAGCACGUUGAAGACAACAGAUAAAGUCACAAAUGCUGCGGUGUUAGUUGAAGUAACGGUGUCACAAGCAAACAACACAAUUCUAAAUGGCAAAUCUUCAGUUGGCGCUGCUGUGGCGUUAACAACAGCGUCCAAUGUGUCAUCUUUGGACGAAAUGGACGGUGAUGACGACACGGAAGACACAGUAAAAUCAAGCAAUCAUAAAAAUGGCGCAUUUGCGCCAACUGGGCAAUCAAUGUUGGAUAAGCUAUUGUCCAUGAAUAGCGAAAGCAGCAGCGAAGAGGGCGCGUCGAAUUUGUCCACAGAUACCAUAGCGGCAUGUGGCUCUGAAGAUGCAAGCAUCACCAGUGAUGAUAUAUUUGAUACGUCUGCGGCAACGGGGACGACAAGCGCAUCGAACGAUACGCAUAAGGGUAACUCCAACAUGAAGGCGGCAAGCGACUUAUUGGCGCGGGUGGCAGCGCGGGUGGAAAGCGUGACGGACUCAAAUCUAGGUCAAGCUAAAGAAGUGGAGGAAAUGGUGUUGAUAGAUAUUACACCUUCGGAGACAGAUCCAGGCAUCGCAACGCUUGACAACAGCAGUAAUGGGAGUAGUGGUGAAGGAACCGUUAGUCACAGUAACAACCAUAGUGAGACUAUAUCGGCCAGCUCGCCAUCAAGUAAUGAUGAGAACAAUGGCAACAACAAUACAACAAGCAGCACAAUUUCCGACAUUAGUGGCGACGAAGACGUUUGCAGAAAGUAUCACGACUUAGGCGGACCGGCGGCACAAGAUCAGGAUAAUCAGAAUCAAAAUAUACUCUUAGGUCAGCAAGCGAACGCGCCAAAUGUUACCGAUAUCUUCGAAGUAACCGCCGGCGAAGGUGAUUGCACGAUUGCGGAAGCACCUGCCGCCAUUUCUAAUAUCGUUGAUGAUGAUCGUUUACAGUUAGAGCAAACAACAACAUUACUGCAGCAACAGUUACCGGCCUCGAAGGCGGUCGAUGUGAAUAAGAACUCAAAGCUGGCCGAUGAUUAUGACGAUACGCACAGUACUGAUUCUGCAUUUGAAAGUGCCUCCGAAGGUGAUAUUAGUAGGCAUUUGCCAGAGGAAUAUAGUCGGCUAUCGUCCUCCUUUGACGGUGCGCCGAUGGACGAUAUUGGGAAAGGUGUAGCCAUUGAAACGGGUACUAUAGCUACUGAGUCUACAGAGUAUUUGGCUGACGCGGGUGUAACGCCAACUUCUACACCAACACCGCCGUCACCAUUGAACAUACGACAAUUGGGUGUCCCACCACUAAGCGCAUUGGAGGAGGAUAUUGAUGCGAAUUGUCGAACAAUAACACCAAAUACGGGUUUCACAGCCAACACAUAUGCCAGUGUGGUAAAGGCGUCGAACGAGCAAGAGAAAGCAAUUGCUACAAUGCAAAUAACAACAAACACAGUUGCAGCGUCUAAAGCAGCGGAUAUACAUGAAAAUGUUUUGAAUGAAUUGCCAUCAAUGCCAAAAGUCACUAUCGUCUCUGACAGUCUGGUGGCUAAGGAUAAGGAAGCGCAUGGUAAUCGAUUAAUACCAACACCACCGCCACCGUCGACCUCGCCAGGCGGCGCUAGUCAGGGUAUGCGUCGUACAGAGUCAUCGGUCACCUUCAUUACACCUGCCACACGUCAUCGCUCGCAGAGUUCAGAUAGCCUUUGUAGUGACAAUUCACUGGACGGCAGCAUUAGUAGUGAUCUUAAUUUCUCCACUUCAUCACAGCUAAAUGAAAAACUUACCAAAAAUGAUACACUCACGCGGCAACAACGACAAUCGGAUGCACGCACCGAGCCCGCGGUGAAAACACCCAGCGGCUUGAAAGCGCUCGCUUUGUGGAAUAAUAAUUUGAGUAAAGAGGCUGGCUACUACAUAGCGAACUUGCUAGCGGAGACCAAUUCUCUUGAAUUGCUAAACAUUGGCAAAAACUGCCUAUCAAAUGAUUUCGUGACACGAAUAAAAGAUAGUCUCAUGCGCAAUACGACGCUGACGACACUGGGUCUGCAGAGUGCACACCUUAGUGCGAAUGGCAUCGAGACGUUGGCUUCUAUUCUGACUUUUGGUGGCAAUAGCACCUUGCAGCGCCUAGAUAUACGCGACAAUAAGUUAGAAGUGGAGAGUCUAACGAAAAUUGCUGAAGUGCUCAAAUCAAAUACAACAAUCACGCAAAUCGAUAUCGAUGAUGAGCCGAAACGUUUGUCGUUUGAAAAAUUACAAAUAGUGCCACAUGUCACGGAUUUAUACAACCAACAGACGACAAAAUCAGCGGAGUGUGUGGGCAGCGAGGCGCACAUGGACUAUACGCGCGUAUUGGAAAACGUGCGCUCAAUGUGUUCGCGUAAUGAAAAAACGCAGGCGCAAUUACAAUCGGACAAAUCACAUACAUGUGGCGCGACUAAUAAACGACGCAGCGGCUACUAUAUGGGCUCACGCAAAAUCUCAUUGACCUGCCAUACACGACCGCUCUUCGAGUCUACUAGCGUGAUGACCGCCAACGCCUCCCCAGCACCAUCGGCGGUCAAUACGAAGUUGGAAGCGAAGCGAAAAACCGGUGCACGUCUGCGCUCACCAGUGCCCAGUCCACCAACAAUUUCACCAUCUUCUUCGCCAAAUCGCAGUCGUUUUCAGGUAUUUCGUGUCACCGAAGACAGUCCGGUUACCUCACCCCUGGCUCAAACACCGCCCUCAACUGCAUCAUCUACAUCAUCGCUAGCCACCAACAGCAAUGGUAGCACCGUUUCUAUGCCCGCUGAUAUGCCAUAUAAGAGUUCAUUGAGCGCCCUACCGGCGGCGGCAUCUAGCUCACUCCCAACGUCCAGUUCGCUGCCCUCAAUGGCUACUGUUACAUCGUCGACACAAUCGAUUAAACGAUUUUCAUCGUCGCAACGCUCACGUUUUCUGGUAUCGAAAAUCUACGAAGAUCCACGCGUGCCAUUAUCAAGUCGCUCAUUACCGCCAAUUACACCACCGAUCCAUUUGCCGCCUACGCCGAUAGCUAAGCAUGCACCGGAAAAUGCCAAGCUCACUAUAUACUCUGGUGCACAAGCGAAGCCAAUAGAACCGGCAGCAACAACAAUAGCGGCGGUAGUACCAGUAGUUGACACCAAAGCGGCGGGUGAAAAUUCAGCAACAGCAACUCAACAAGAUAAAGUCUCAACUGCUAUUAAACACGGCGGCGAAAGUGACAAAAUUGUGGUUCAACAUACAACACUUAUAGUCACACCGCCAACUCCCGCCAUUGCCGAAGACAGCGGCAGCAACACAAGCACAAAUAUUCCUGAUUUUAGUCAGAAUAUUUCUGAAAAAGAAGUUAAUAGUACAAAAACAAUAGCCGAAAUGCCGACGCUACAAGCAGAAAUAUCACAACCAGCAGGUCAAACAAUACUGCAACCAAGUGAACCACAACAACAACAACCACUCUCACCGCCAAACACUAAUGAAGUAUCCACAAUCGAAAGUCAAGCGACCGCCGCCACUGUUACUACCACUACUAGUACACAGAAUUCUAACAUUACUUCAUUAUCGCCCAGCUGUUCGUCUUCGUCCUCUUCAUCAUCGACAUCGCCUGCGUCGCUGCAUUCGAAUUCCUCAGCAACAACGACAUCCUCACCGCUGUCACCCAUAUUUUCCAGUAGCUCGAGUGACUCCACUGAUGGUAUUGGUGGUAAUGUUGGUGCUAUUGGUGAGCUCAGUUUGCGCGAUGAACUCUUAAAUGCAGCUACUACUCGUUGCCCACUUGCCGUUUUCAAUGACAAUGAUAACGACAUUACGCUCACCAAGAAUUCAACAACCGAUUUGAGCUCAUCUUCUGCGUCGCCGUUAACAACGGAAGAAUCACAACAACGCCAACGUAAAGUCUCGUGGAUGGCGAAUCCAGGCGCUGUGGACAAAUUACGUUCACUAUUCUUUCAGCGUAGCUCAUCGCCUGAGAAUAAGACACAGCCAUCGUCAGCGGCUAGUACGCCACCACAAACAAAUCCUACAGCUAUGCUUCCCUCUACUUUGAACACAACAGUUGCCAUUAAUAAUGCUACAGCUUUCAAUGUUAGUGACUGCACUUUAAGUGACGCCUCUUCACAACAGCUCUUGCAAAAAUUCGUCCAUGCCUCGCAACAGUUAAGUAAGGUCUUUCGACAAAAUCUCUCUUUUGGAAAUGAGGCUACUACAACAUCAACAGUAGCAACAACAACAACAAAUACGAACACUGGUAUUACAAGCGGUGCCAGCGGCAACACAAAUGACGUUUUAUCAGGCGGUUCUGAUGGAAGUGGCGUUGGUAACAUUACACUAACAACAGAACAGCAUGAUAUUGCGCUCAUACCCACCGAAGUUAAGCAAGAAAUCAAAGAGAACAUCUCACCGGAGCAUACAAUCAAUGAGGAGACAUUGCAAAGCUUACAAAAGCUCACAGGGAUCGAGGAGGCGGUGCGUUGUGUAAAGGAGCAGCAGCAACAGUUGCAGCAACAACCACCACCACUAGGGGCGGUAGCAUUAUUGGAGGAUGUGGACGCUGCGGGGGUGAUUAAAAAAUCUACAGUGCUCGAAGAUUUCAAUGCUAAAACCACUGGUAAUGCCAGCCUGGUUAGUGGCUUACACGCUGUCGAAGGAGCUAAUCUAGCACUGGCGCCAGCGUCAGUCAAAAAAGAGGAGCCAGUUAGCAGUGCGCCCUCGAAUGCUUCUGCUAGCACUUAAUUUAACGGGUUCUUUACUUUCUAACUGUAAACUUUAAAAAUUAUUUAAUUCUUUUACAUUUACUUAGAUUUUUUAAUUUAAAAAUUGGGAGUUGUAUUGUUGUAUACCUACAAUAUUAAUCUAUACAGACAGAUAUACAGAUAUAUAUAUAUAUAUUUGGCGAUUACGCACUUAAGUAACUUAAAAUUAGUGGAUUUUCUAAUCUUUGUGCUAGCUUUAAGAAGUAAUUACGCGCUUGCUUCGCUCCCACUUUUUAUUUACGCUUAGACAGUGUACAUUUUUUUCUCAAAUAACAACUACAAAAAGUUGAAAAGUGUUGAAAAUAUGCUAAAUAUGCUGUGUGUACCGUUAGCAAGCGGAACUAUUAUUACAUUUAUGUAUUUUUUCAAACAACGCUUAAAUUAUUUCCAAGUUCUACACAGCCAUGAAAGCUGUUAAGUGUUACCAUAUGACGUCAACUACAAAACUGCUAGUUUCUGUUUUCAACUCAAUCUCAAUUGCUGUGUGUUACGCGUGUUAUUUCAAUAAUUUCCAUUGAACUUUUGCAACUGAGGAAUAAUAAUGUGAUUUCAAAUGCGAGCGUAAAUGGUGUAUUAAUGUCUACUAUUAUUGUUCUUUUACAAAACAAUGUUGGUGUGGGUGUGUAUGUGCGUGUGUGUAUGUUCAUAACUGUAAAUAUGUAUUUGGUUAAGCCUAAAAGCAUUAAAUUUAGGCAAUGGCGUUACCUGUUGAGCUGCAUUUGAUGUCGAAAUGAUGCUAUAAUUAUGUAUAUAAAUAUUUAUUUAAUUUAAAAACCGCAGUGGGGUGUUUUGUGGUGAUAAACAGUUUUUGUAGGCGUUUGCACAAACUCCUUAAGCAGGGUACUUGAUAUGCUUAAAGCAUUUUUCCCCAGGGUGUUUUGCACUUCUAUAACCCGAUGCCCAUGGCAAACAAGUCGUUUGAGUUAUUGCGAAUAAUGCGAAAAAAAUUGAAGCAAAAUAAAAACGAUAAAAGUAUGGAAAAGCAAAUACAUACACAAAAUUUAAAUAACAAAUUAUGUAAAACAAAUACACAAAAAUUUAAAAAUAAAAAGUAUAUAUUAAGCAAAUAUAUACCUUAAUAAUAUGAAAUUUGCACUCACAACAAAUUGUGUAAAUAGCGUGGAGUUUGUUUUUGUAAUGUGUUCUUUUUUUUGUUUUGAUCAGAUCUGAUUUAAGAUUUCAAAUCAAUUUUCUUAAAGCAAACCAAAAAUUUCCAAAUAAACUAAACUAAAUAAACUAAAAUUACUGCGAUUAGCGGCAAAGUUGAAAAUUUAUGAAUGUGUACUUAUUUACACAUAUUUUCUAAAAAUUAAUUUAUUAAGCAAAAUUUGUAGAUUAAUAUUAACUUAAAAAUUUUUAAAGUUCCAGCGAAAUGUGAUUCAAGGUGUUUAAAAAUACUUGCAAAUAAAACAAAAUAAUAAAUGAAAUUAGUCAUCAAAAUAUUAAUUAAAUUUAUAGUUUUUGGUUUUAUAUAAAAUCGUAUUAAAUUUCAUAUUACCGAAGUUGCAUUAAAACUAUUCGGCAAUAUGUACUAUAAAAUUAUUUUAUAAAUCUUUAUGAUACAAAUCAAUAAAAAUGGCAUAAAAUGCCUUUAAAAUGUCUAAUAGAUAUAAAAUAAAAUUGUUGAAGUGUGUUUUUUAAUUAACUUUGCAAACAGACACACAUACUUCAAAAGUGAUUUAGAGUUUGAUUGGCUGCCUUCUUGUGAAAGUAAUUCUAAAUUUGGUAAACGUUUUUGGUUUAUCAGUUCCAACGCAAAAAAAAAAACUAAUUAUAUGAUAAUAUUUAAUAAAAAUUAUAUAUGUAUAUCUUCUUCUUUAAUAGACACCGAGAUUAUACAAAAAAUAUAUAUAAUAAAAAUAAGUAUAUAUAUAUAUAUAUAAUUAAUGUACUUAAAUAUUAAGUAGACUCUCCAUAAUUAUUCAUUGCAUAAAACUUAAACACAAAAUUUUUUUUAAGCAUUUUAUUACUUUUCUAAGUUUUGAACUGGCGUUAAAAGUGAAAUUUGCACUAUGUGCUCCUAAAUUUACAAAAUUAAACAAAACACAUUGUUUGAUAAUUAUUAUUAAGUUCUAAACAAUUUAACAAAGGCUCUAACAAAUUAGAUUCAAGUAUGAAAUUUAUUUUUAACUUUUCCUUUGCAAAAAAACAUAUUUUCGGUCAUUACAAACAUUUUUACAAUUGAAAAUUGUUUAAAAAAUUAUAAUAAAUAAAUAAUAUUAAUAUUAAAAAAAUAUAAUAAUAAAUAAAUAAUAUUAACACAAAAAAUUUGUCAAAUUAUUUUUGAUUUUAAAUAGUAAUUUUACUAUACAAAAUUUGUUGUACAAUUAAGUCUUCAAUUCAAUUGAUUUAUUUUGAUUAUUAUUAUUUAUUUUGAAAACACAAAAAUAAAAAAAAAAUUUUAUUGUUCCUGUUAUCGGGAAGCCCAGUUGAAAUGGGCUAUUUGUUACUUAAUUGCAAAUAUAUAUGAAAAAGUCAUUUGAAAAAAAUGUAUAUAAUUAAAAUAAUUUCUUAAUGACAUUAUAAAAUAAUUUUUAUAUUUGAGGUUAUACUUGUACAAUGUAUAAGAUCAACAUAUUCCUACAACUUAAAUUUACUCUACGCCAUUUACACAAUAUAAACUAGAAAUGCAUAGAUGCUAAGAAACAGCAAUCGUAAUACAAUAAUAAAUAUAUGUAAAUACAAAUGUAGAUAUGUAUGUUAAAUAUUUAUAUCGUGUUUUCAGAAUAUGUACUGCUUUCUAAUGAAGUAACAAAUCCAUUACAGGUAUGAAUUUUAUCAUUUUUCACGACACUGUAUUUCGCUACUAUGCUUUUCUGCAUGAGCCUAUAAUAUAGCAUAUACAAAGCUUUAUAGAUAGUUUUUUAAAUUACAUGUUAAUUAACCACGUACUAUGUACAUUAAAUAUUUUACAAAUUUGCAUACAUAAAUAAUAUUUGUAAAUGUAAAUUACUUCUCAAAAAUUUAAGACUUUAGUUAUCAUCAACAUUAUAGCCCACCAAGCAUUUAUAUAAUGGGUUGUCAAAAAAGUCUUGCGGUAUUUUUAUUGAUUUUUUUUAUUUUUUUAUUGAAAUUGAAAUAAAUUUUUGAUGACUCAUGCCCAGCUCUUGACCGAUGCUACGGCUGCUACUAUGCCGGUCUCUUUCGACCAAUUCAGCGAUUUUAUCGCAAUUUUCGACGACAGGCCUUCCGGAGCGUGGCGCAUCUUCGACCACCUCUACACCAGAACGAAAACGUUGAAACCAUCGUUGUGCGGUGGAAAUGGAAACUGUAUCGUGUCCAUAAACUGCACAAAUUUUAUUGGCGGCUUGAGAUGCAUUUUUGCCUUUAUCGUAGUAGUACAGUAAAAUAUGCCGUAUUUUCUCUUUAUUUUGCUCCAUGUUUGCGACGCUAUAACUCGCGAACGACUUAAAAGAAACGACAAUCAAUCAAACACGUGUUAGCGCGUGAAAUGAGCUUUCCAAAAAGGUAUAGCAUGACCCGAUGCGACGAAUAAAACUAGAACUACGCGCUUUCAGCGCCAACUAGCGAAAAUACCGCAAGACUUUUUUGACAAACCAAUAUGUUCAAAUAUACUGUUGUUUAUUUACGUAUACGAUCUGAUAUAUUCUAUGCAAGUAUGUCGGUUUACCCUUGACUUAUCACUUGCAAUACUUACAGUAGCAGAAUUAUCUAACAAAAAAAAAAAUGUUGCUAACACAAAAGUUAGCAACAAUAAUUUAGUACAACUGAUAUGCCAUAAAUACACAAAAAAACAGUUAUUUCA